GUGACCAUGGCCGGGCUGACACUGUCUCCCAUGCCCAGCGCCUGGCUGGUGGUUUUGCUGCUGCUGCUUUCAGCAGGUGAGCCGGUGCCAGCAGCCAACUCAGGAAACCCGCACCGGAAUUUCAAAGGAAGCACUUGUUCCCGGUUGUGGCAGAUCCCACGUUUUGUGGCCAGAAAACGGGGCUCCAACGUGACCAUAGCGUGCCACAUGGAGAGCAAGGGCAAUGUGACUUGGUACUGGAAGCCAAAGAUAGACGCAGAGGCCAAGCUGCUGCCCCAGGAAAAUGGCCACAUCCAGCAGAAACAGGACCACACCAUCUCCACGCUCACCAUCUGGGGCAUCCAGGUCCAGGACAACGGCAUCUACUACUGCCAUCAAGAGUGCCCGCUGGAACUGACCUUGCACACGGGCUGCGGCACGGAGCUGCGUGUCAUGGGGUUCAGCACGGUGGAGCAGGUGAGGCGGCGGAACACGCUGAAAGAUGGCAUCAUCAUGAUCCAGACCCUGCUCAUCAUCCUCUUCAUCAUCGUGCCCAUCUUCCUGCUGCUGGACAAGGAUGACAGCAAGUCUGGGAUGGAAGAAGAUCACACCUACGAGGGCCUGGACAUUGACCAGACGGCCACCUACGAGGACAUAGUGACUCUGCGGACAGGGGAGGUAAAGUGGUCGGUGGGCGAGCACCCCAGCCAGGAGUGA